GGGACCGGUUAAUGUGACAGACGGGACCGGUUCAUGUGACAGACGGGACCGUCCACUGAAACGCGGUCGGUUUUAUUUCCCAUCAUUCUGUGUGUUCUCAGCUAGCCUGCAUGCUAACCAGCUAGCAUUACCGCGACAGCUGCUUUAUGGUAAACAGCUGAUCGGUGUGGAGGCGGAAGCGGAAGAGACAGAGAACAAACUGCGCAUCAGAACACCAGAGCGGGUCCGAGUGAUCUUUAUCGAUCAAUAAUAAAUAUCAGAAACACCUGCUCAGACAGGAGGAGAGAUGAGCCGCGCAGGCGCUGAACUGAGGAUUAUCUUCAGCCCGGGGCGCGUGCAGCUGGUUCAGGAGGAGGAGGAACCUAUGGUGACGGCUCCGAGGGUCCUGGUUACCGGGGCAACAGGUCUCCUGGGUCGGGCUGUGUGCAGAGAGUUUCAGAACAACGGCUGGUUGGUUAUUGGGACCGGAUACAGAAGAGCCAGGCCCCUCCUCCUCCGCUGUGACCUCACAGAUGAGGAUGCCGUCAGAGGACUACUGCACGAGUACAAGCCUGAUGUGGUCGUCCACUGUGCAGCUGAGAGACGUCCAGAUGUUGUGGAGAGACACACUGACGCCGCUGUGAAUCUCAAUGUGCACGCAACCAGCACGCUCGCCAAGGAGGCAGCUGCGUGUGGAGCGUUCUUCCUCUACAUCAGCACUGACUACGUGUUCGAUGGGAGGAAUCCUCCAUAUGGAGAAGACGACUGUCCGAAUCCCCUGAACGUCUACGGACGCAGUAAACUGGAGGGAGAGAGGGAGACACUGAGACACUGUCCAGGUGCCGUGGUGUUGCGGGUGCCCGUCCUGUUCGGGGAGGUGGAGUCAGUGACGGAGAGCGUGGUGACAUCACUGUGGGUCAAAGUUCAGGAGGCGUCAGAGAGCUGCACCCUGGAUCACUGUCUGCAGAGGUUUCCUACUGACGCCAGGGAUGUCGCCGCCGUCUGCAGGAAACUGUCCGAGAGAGCCAGACAGGACCCGUCCAUCAGAGGAAUCUUUCAUUUCUCUGCUAAAGAGAAGAUGACCAAAUAUGAGAUGGCUGUCGCCAUCGCUCAGGCCUUUAACCUGCCGUCCAACCACCUCAUACCUUUGACAGAGCAGCCGGCAGCAGCUUCGACCCUUCGUCCAAUCAACAGUCAGCUGAACUGUUCUCGUCUUCAGCUGCUGAAUUUGAGUGUUGAGCCACGACCAUUUGCUGCCGCCAUCACUGACUGUCUGUGGCCGUUCACACCUGACAAACGCUGGAGACAGACGGUGUUCCACUGAGACAUGCCCACAGGUGGAUAGAGAGGUGGACAGACAGGUGGAUUGAGGUCCCUAUUCCCUGAGUCCUGUCUGUAGGCUCCAGUCAUUAAACUAAAGGUUCCGGUUUCUGUGAUGUCAUCAUUGUUUUUUCUUUUUCAUUUGUCAUUACAGGAAAUUAAAGAUGUACGGUGUCCUACAGAGGACAAACCUCAGCUGCUGGUCUCAGGAGGUCAUUCAUUGAAAGAUCAGAUAAUUAAACACGUGUGUCAUAAUUGUACUGUAAUUCUACUGUAGUCCUAUUGUAGUCUUAUUGUAGUCCUGCUGUAGUCCUACUGUGUUUGAUGUAAAUGACUCGGCUGUAAAACAUUAAACAUCUCAAGAGUCAAA